CAGCAACAACCGUCUAUUCUCUCUCUCUCUCUCUCUCUCUGUAAAUUCCAAGACUCACCAAGAAAGAGAACAAGAGAGUUACAGUGAGAGAAUCAUCGCCACCGUGUGUUUUAUCCCCUCGAUGCGCAUGCGGUGGUUGCUCCCAAACCCUAUCAAAACCCUUUCAAGUAUCAACAACCUCCGUUCAAUCUCAUUUCCAAGUUUCGCUCCUCACUCGCUUUCUUUCCGUUCAAGAUCGUCGGUUACAAUCCAAAUCCCAAUGGCAGCUAUCCAUAACCUCACCGAAGCUGGACUUGCGAAGCGUUUCUGGAUCAAGUUCAACCGUGAAUCAAUCUUCGCUCUGUUCACUCCUUUUGUCAUCUCUUUAGCCUCCGGUAACCUCAAGACCGAUUCCUUCCGUCAUUACAUCGCACAAGAUGUUCAUUUUCUUCGUUCUUUUGCUAAAGCUUAUGAGUCAGCGGAAGAGUGUGCUGACGAUGAUGACGAUAAGCUCGGACUUUCUCAGUUAAGGAAGGAAGUCUUAGAGGAGCUGAAGAUGCACGACUCUCUGGUAAAGGAAUGGGGAUUGGACCUUGCCAAAGAGCACAGUAUUAACUCUGCAACAGUUAAGUAUACAGACUUCCUGUUGGCUACUGCCUCUGGAAAGAUUGAAGGAUUGAAGAGUUCUGGGAAACUCGCAACACCAUUUGAGAAAACCAAAAUUGCUGCUUAUACUUUAGGUGCCAUGAGUCCUUGCAUGAGACUUUAUGCCUUUCUUGGUGAAAAGAUCAAGGAACUUCCGGACUCCAACGGAAGUACUCACCCAUAUAGCAAAUGGAUUAACAACUAUUCCUCUGAUGGUUUCCAGGCAUCUGCUUUGCGAACUGAAGAUUUGCUUGACAAACUAAGUAUCUCUUUGACUGGUGAAGAACUCGACGUCAUUGAAAAGCUUUAUCAUCAGGCAAUGAAGCUUGAAAUAGACUUCUUCAAUGCUCAACCACUCUUUCAGUCAACUAUAGUACCAUUGACUAAAGGACAUAACCCUGAAGCAGAUCAUCUCAUGAUUUUUUCCGAUUUUGAUUUAACAUGCACCGUUGUUGAUUCAUCUGCCAUUUUGGCAGAAAUUGCUAUAGUGACAGCACCAAAAUCUGACAAUCAGCCUGAAGAUCAACCAGCUCGAAUGUUGUCUUCUGAUCUCAGAAAUACAUGGGGUGUUCUAUCCAAACAGUAUACAGAAGAAUAUGAGCAAUGUAUUGAAAGCAUUAUGCCAACUAAUAGAUUGGAAAAUUUUGAUUAUAAAGGACUGUCUACGGCACUUCAGCAACUCUCAAAAUUCGAGAACUCGGCAAAUAAUAGGGUUGUUGAGUCAGGGGUUCUCAAGGGUAUAAAUAUAGAAGAUAUAAAGCGCGCUGGAGAGCGUUUGAUCCUUCAAGAUGGUUGCACUGACUUUUUUAAGAAAGUUGUUAAGAAUGAAAAUUUGAAUGCCAAUGUGCAUGUUCUUUCAUACUGCUGGUGCGCUGACCUCAUUAGAUCUGCUUUCUCUUCAGCUGAUUUAAAUGAGAUGGAUGUUCAUGCUAAUGAGUUCUGUUAUGAGGGUUCUAUUUCCACUGGUGAUAUUAUUAAGAAAGUGGAGUCUCCCAUUGACAAGGUCCAAGCUUUUCGUAAUAUCUUGAAAAGUUGCAAGAAUGAUAAGAUGAAAAUAACCAUUUACAUUGGAGAUUCGGUGGGUGAUUUACUUUGUCUACUUGAAGCUGAUGUAGGAAUUGUGGUUGGUUCAAGCUCAAGCCUUAGGACGAUAGGGACACAGUUUGGUGUUUCGUUUGUCCCGUUGUUUUCUGGCUUGGUUAAGAAACAGAAAGAACAUAAUGAAGGAAGCUCCUCCAAUUGGAAGGGUUUAUCUGGCAUUCUUUACACAGUCUCUAGUUGGGCUGAAGUGCAUGCUUUUAUUUUGGGUUGCUAGUGUUAUUUUGUCUCAUGCACCCAAAUUCAUGCUAGGUUAAAAGAAAGAAACAUAUAUACAGUGCAAUACGAAUACACAAGCAGGUGGCUAAUUUUAUAAGUGGCCACAAAUUUUCUGCUGUCUCUCUUAUUUCUCUUUUAGGAUGAUGCAAUUCAGAGAUAUGGUGCUGUUCUGAUUAAUGGAUACACUGUAAUCAGGGUAUCUACAAUUUCCUGGAAUUUUCUCUAGAGCUUCUUUGACGCAUCUGGUUGCAAGUUAUUGUUGAUAUUUCAGACAGCAAUCUUUCAAAUGCUUGUUAGAUCAGGACACAAUUCACACUUUGAAAUGUUGUACUGGUAAUUAGUAGCCUACUGCUGUUCCAUAAUUUUAAGGAUUCAGCAGAAAGAUCCUGUGUAUUUUAGUUAACUCCUUGGAAUGCUUAUGCAUAAAUGUUCAUUUUUUGGGUACA